AUGGAAUCGCAUUAUUGCAGAAGCAAGACUUCGCGUGAGUAUCUACAUCCAGAUUUGACAUUGCAAAGGAUGUAUGAUAUGUUCAUUGAAGAGCUGAGCCAGCAGAGUAUCGAAAGAAAACCUUGUAUCGCGAUGUAUAGGAAAAUUUUCAAAUCCAAAAAUUUGUCUUUCUAUCAUCCAAAGAAAGACCAGUGUUCGUUGUGUCUUUCGUUUAGAGAGGGAGAUGAAACAGCGAAACAAAAAUUGAAAGAGGAUUUUGAAAAGCAUAUUAAAGAGAAAACUAAGGUUAGAGAAUUGAAGAGACUGUUUAAAGAAGUAGCGAUGGCUGACAAUACAGUUUUAUGUGGUGUGUUUGAUCUUCAACAGGUCAUUUACCUACCAAUCAGUAAGGAAAAUGCAAUUUUUAUAAAAGUAGAUUAUCGAACUUCAACUUCACUUUUUAUGAUUUAG